AUGGCAUUAUGGAAUAAUGAACAGGGGAAAACGUUCAUAGUCGCCGAAAUUGGCCAGAACCAUCAAGGGUCCCUGUCUAUAGCAAAGCAAAUGAUAAAAGCGGCAAAGCAAUGUGGAGCAGAUUGUGUAAAAUUUCAACGAUCGAAUUUGACGGAAAAAUUUACCGCCGAUGCUCUGGCACGCUCUUACGUCGGACCUAAUUCUUGGGGCAGCACGUAUGGGGAGCAUAAAUCGUGGCUUGAAUUUUCGAUCGUACAGUAUCGAGAAUUGCAACGCUUUGCUAGCGAGAUCGACAUUGCUUUUACCGCAUCCGCUAUGGACGCAGUUUCCUUCCGCGAGCUGGAAGAGCAACUAAGUGUUCCUUUCAUUAAAAUCGGUUCUGGUGAUGCAGAUAAUGUGCCACUUCUUCGUUACGCUGCCAACCGAACCGUUCCACUUAUAAUUUCCACUGGAAUGCAAGAUUGGAAUCACAUUUGCACUAUGUACAGUAUGUUCCGUCAUCGUAAUGAUGUAGCAUUGCUGCAUUGUGUAUCGUCCUACCCGACACCGGUGGAAGAUACGAUGUUGCGAAUGAUUCCCCUGCUUCGGAGUCAUUUUCCGGCGCUAACUUUUGGUUAUUCUGGCCAUGAGCUGGGCAUACAGCUUUCGGUAGCAAGCGUAGGUUUAGGUGCACAGAUCAUCGAGCGACACUUCACGUUGGAUAAAUCGUGGAAAGGAACGGAUCAUCAGGCAUCGUUAAAUCCGGCCGAAUUCACACGAAUGGUACGUUGUAUCAGAGCGCUGGAGGCAAAACUAUCAGGAGGUACAGCUUCUUUAAUCAAUCAACUGAGAGGGGUUCUAGAUAAAGAGGAUUUUAAUGAACGUGAGUUAAUGGUUGCUCUGAAGGAGGUAGGCGUACAGGACAGAAAGUUGUUAGAUUGUGAACAACCGUGUUGCGAUAAGUUGGGAAAAUCGUUAGUAUAUGCUAAUGACGUACAUCCUGGAACUGUCCUCACUGAGUUAGAUCUUGGGAUAAAAGUAAGUGAACCAAAAGGUUUAUCUCCAAGGUUGUACGAUUCUGUUGUGGGAAAAAUAGUAAACCAUACCGCUUUUAAAGACAAACCCGUUUUGCAGCUACAUUUCUGA